AUGGUAACCUCCGGAGAAGAAUACAAGAGUGCAUCUUCACAAGGCAUGGCUGCCUAUGCUGCUCCUUCGCUCUUCCAGCCCCACAAGGCCCGUCAAGCCAUUCGGGACGCCCACGCAAAGAAGAUCUCGCCACUGCUCUGUUACUAUGCGGGAUUAAGCUCCAUCCCCAUUACCCGGUACUUAGCCCCCAUGGGCUUCGAUGCCAUGGUUCACGAGGCUUCUUUCAUGAGCCAAGGCCGCACUAUCCCAUUCGUUCGCCUCCCUGGUCACGAUCACGCUGCCAUUGGGUACGCUCUAGAUGCCGGCGCCAGCAUUGUCGUUCCCCAGAUCGAAACAGUUGAGCAAGCAAAACACGCUAUCGCCGCCGCCAAGUUUGGGACCGCGCAAAACGGCACGCGAUCCCUACCGCCUUUUCGUCUUGUGCCUGGUCUUACCGAUACUCCCUAUGACCACCGCGACCUACACAAGUGUCUCAAUGAUCAGGCCGCGAUCAUGAUCCAAAUCGAGUCAGCCCAAGCCGUCGAAAACCUCGACGCGAUCCUGACAGUGUGCGGCUCGGAUAUCGACAUCGUCUGGUUUGGCACCCUUGAUGCCCGAGUCAGCAUGAACCUUGAGGCCAAAAUGGGAGGAAUAGGUGCUUCCGAACCUGAAUGGGUCAAGGUAUCGAAGCAGUUCUUUGAUACCAUUGACAAGCACGAUAAGCCUUAUGCGGGUUUUGCCUUUGGUGGCCCUCCGUAUGGGAGUCCAGAAGGCCUGAAGAAAGCUGCGGAGCGGAUGAGUCUGAUCAUGGUCUCGGCUGACGUGGUUCACUUGGGUGGCAUGGCGCAGGACCUGCAACAGGCUAGGAAACUGGUUGGAACGACGAGGUAG